AUGUCUGACGUCGGAACAACCUCAUUCACCACCCUGGGCCCUGGCUUGAUUUCAUACAAGGGAGUCCCCGACCGUUCUAUCCUGUGGCUGACGCCUGUAAUGCAAAUCGCUCCCAAGUGA